AUGGCGAUCGUUGUGGCGUUUUGCCUUUGGCCUCGCUGCAGCUGCCACCUGCGUGCAUCGGAGGAUUUCGAGGAAGGCGAUUUGCUGCAUCUGACUCCGCAUAAAGUCGAGCUGCGGAAAGUGCAAGACUCGCACGGCUUGUGCUGCGACUCCUGCUCACCCCUCAGGGAGAUCUCGCCCGUCAGUUCGGCUGGCAGCCGCAGGAUUGCGCACGAGCCUGUGAAGACGGUGCAAGAGCUUCCUUGCACUGAGAGAGCUCAGGCGCACGUCUCCAUAUGCCUCGGGUUCCUUGCCUUAUCCUUCACGGUCGGCCUUAGCAUGUGCGUCAGCCUUUGUACUGAUGGGCAGAAGCUGAGACUGCUAGAAAAGAAGAUCGAUGCAGAGGAAGCAGAAACUUAUCGGUUGGUGGUGUCUGGUCUUGCGAUGGAGUUCCUCAAGCGACGGCGGUGGGGACCAGGGGGGCUCUACAGGAGCUCCUGCUUCUUCUGCUGCCCUGUCAUCGACCUGGCCUGCUCCUUCCUGGCAUGCAUGCUCAUGCUGAUGACCCGCUGUGAGCCCUUCUGCUUUGAAUGGCGUUUCGCGUGUCGCAUUUGUGUGACCUUUCUGGUGGUUUGCAUGCUCUCGCUUGCCCUUCGCUGCUUGAGCUGGCUGUACUGCGUGCUGAAGUUUGCCUUGGCCACGUCCAAGCAGACCUUUGAGAUAAAGUUCGCGGCAUUUCAGGAGGGUGCGGUGACGCAUUUGUGCGUGGCUCUUGAGGGGGACCUCCUGUGGCUUGAGAACAUUGGGAACCUGCCACGAGGCUGGCCUCCGAGGGGCUGGAUGCAACCAAGGUAUUUAGUCCACUCUCAACUGGAGGCACACCAUAUCGAAGAUAAGGAUGACCAGCCUAUUGUGGCAUGGAGCCUCCAAAUGUACUGGUGCUGGUUUGUGCAAGGCGAGGCGCGUGUGGGGGCAUGGGUGCCACAAUCAAUGCAGUUUCCAAUAGAUCCAGCCCAUGUCCACGACCUCCACACGUGGCUCGCAGCAGAGCCACAUCGUCGAAUGUUUCGCUACGAAGGUGUGGCCGUGACAGCCUCUGAAGUGCUCGGAUGGGGCUUCGAGCACAUCCAUGAUCGUCUGUCAGAGCAACUCUCCUCGAGGUCGGGUGCUUUCGAUCGAAAGCAGAUAUUUGCCUUGCAAUGCGAAAGACACGGAUCCACGAUGGAGAUCUGCUUGUCGAUGAUGUCCGGCAAGACACUGACACUCCGUGCUUCCAUCGGAGACCUGGUCGCAGAUUUGUGCCACCGUGCCGCCUUAUUGGGAACCGACGGCUCUAAGGUCGAGGUAGUCUUGCCAGAUGCAAGACGCUUGCGCAGCCUUGAUCCCAAACUCCCUUUGUGUGAGGCGUUAGGUGACUUUUGUGUGACCGGAGACUGCAACGGCUAG